AUGCAGACAAUUGAUAUAGCAAUACUUGGCGCCCCUGCAGUGGGUAAAACUGCUAUUAUACAACAGUAUAAAGAUUGCACGUUUCCGGACCAGCAUUUCCCAACAAAAGUAACUUCGAAAUAUUCACCAGUUGUUUUAUCAAAUCAGCAUCUUUACCAACUGAACAUUAUUGACACACCUCCACUGCAGUACUUCCAAAUGAGAAGUUUCUAUGAUUGGGUGGACUUUCAGUCAUAUUCGGGUGAAGUGAAAGAUGCCUCGGCGUUUAUUCUUAUAUUCGAUGUAUCUAAUUCUGACAGUUUCCAGUACGUCAAAGACUUACGAGAACAGAUAUUGGAUUAUCGCACGAGCGGUGUGGGUGAAAUACCGAUGGUUGUAGCUGGUAACAAGAGUGAUUUAGGUAAAUGCAGUGGACUGUUCAAACGAGACAUGGCGCAUAUCAUCCGAAAGAACUGGAAAUCCGGUUACAUCGAAUGUUCAGCGAAAUAUAACUGGCAUAUCGUGGCGUUAUUUAGUGAGGUUAUGAAGUUGAUAUGUGAAUAUCGGGAUAAACCGCCAACUGCCAGGAAGAGAGGCGGACUGAGGCGUAAUAGUUGUACCAUAAUGUGA